CUGUCCUGGCCGUGUGAGUUGGUUGGCUGGGGCUGCGCGCCUGCCUUUCUUAUGUACUAUUUAUUUGUAUAUAUAAGGAGGGUUAAAUGUAGGCGACGAAGCACAUCCGGCGGUCUAUCUCCCCUCCCUAAAUACAUUUCCUCCUCUUUCUUCUUUCCUUCUUUCUCUGCGCCUUCCUUCCUUCUCUGCGCCUUCCUUCCUUCCUUCCUUCACAGACUUCAAUCAAUCGUCGGGCACUGCUCUGCUUCUUCUUCUGCUAUUUGAUUUAUAUUCGAGGAGGGUUUAUAUUCCAAGGAUAGGAGAUUCAUCCAUUCAAUCCCAUUCCAGUUCAGUGAUUUCCAAAACCAAAAAAAGAGAAGGAAAUGGCGGGUAGCGGCGUGGUGACUGUUUAUGGUAACGGUACCCUCACAGAGGCGAAGAAAUCUCACUUCUCUGUCAAGGUGGGUCUUGCCCAGAUGCUCAGGGGUGGAGUGAUCAUGGAUGUCGUGAAUGCAGAACAGGCACGCAUUGCAGAGGAGGCGGGGGCAUGUGCCGUCAUGGCCCUGGAGCGUGUUCCGGCUGACAUACGUGCCGAGGGUGGGGUGGCUCGCAUGUCUGACCCGGGGCUCAUCAAAGAGAUCAAGCAGUCCGUGACUAUCCCGGUCAUGGCCAAGGCACGCAUCGGCCACUUUGUGGAGGCCCAGAUCCUUGAGGCCCUUGGCAUCGAUUAUGUGGACGAGAGCGAGGUCCUCACCCCGGCCGAUGAGGACCAUCACAUCAACAAGCAUAACUUCCGCAUCCCUUUUGUGUGCGGCUGCCGCAACCUGGGGGAGGCCCUCCGCCGUGUCCGCGAGGGGGCUGCCAUGAUCCGCACCAAGGGGGAAGCUGGCACAGGCAACAUCGUUGAGGCCGUCCGCCAUGUGAGGUCCGUCAUGGGUGACAUCAGACUCCUUCAGAACAUGGAUGAUGAUGAGGUAUUUGCCUUUGCCAAGAAGAUCUCAGCUCCCUACGACCUUGUGGUGCAGACCAAGCAGCUAGGGAGGUUGCCUGUGGUGCACUUUGCGGCAGGAGGGGUGGCGACGCCAGCUGAUGCAGCGCUUAUGAUGCAGCUCGGCUGCGAUGGGGUGUUUGUGGGGUCAGGGAUCUUCAAGAGCGGAGACCCUGCCAAGCGCGCCCGAGCCAUUGUGCAGGCUGUCACGCACUACAGCGACCCAGAGAUCCUGGCUGAGGUCAGCUCAGGGUUGGGGGAGGCUAUGGUGGGCCUUAACCUCAAGGAUGACAAGGUGGAGCGAUUUGCCAUGAGGUCCGAAUAAUAACAAAACGGGACAUUAAUAAUGAAUUGGCCAUCUUACAACAAAGACCAGCAAGACCACCACCUUCUUCGCCGUUCCAUUUCAUAGACAGACAGAUGAAUGAAUCUUUCCCAAUUGAGGCAGUAAGGCCGUACCCACCCAACACAUUAGAGGACGGCCUGCUUUCUCUCAUAUAAUAUUUCUUUCCCGAAUUAUGGACUUGAUUGAAAUGUUUGUUAAACUGCUAGCUAGCUAGGAAUUCGUGUAAUGGGUUGGUUUUCUGAUAUCUUCUCCUUACUAGUUAAAAGGCUGAAGGCCUAGUUGCUCCAAUUUAAAGUUAAGAAUGAAGGGGACGUUUUGGGUUGACAUUC